CCGUAGCAGCAGAGGCUGCUGAGAUGUACGAACUUCCGGUUCUCCCGGCAGCUGCCGCCGCUGUUGUCUCUGCCACCUGCCACGGCUGGGCCUCAGCCUGGGUGUGGGGUGACUUCGCCUUCGUUCUUCACCGCGCCCAUGGUCCCUUCUGGAGCCAGGGCGGCGGGCCCGGCGGCUCCCGCGUGGUGAGAGAUAGGUCCGGGGACGAUGACGGCCCCUCACUGCUGCUGCUGCUGCCUCAUCCACUUCCUGGCCCGGGUCCUCCUGCUGCUGCUGCUGCUGCCAGGGCUGAACGCACCUCUCGUGGUACUGCUCCAGGCGGCCAGUGCCGCGCCGGGCCCGGGGCCUCCAGACCCUGGGUCGCGGACACUUCUGCCCGUAUCGCCGGGCCCCACCGCGGCCCAACAGCCGGGCCGUGCUUCGGCUGAAGCUGCUGGGCCACGGGGCUCGGAGGCCGGCAAUGGCAGCAGCCCCGGGGCGGGACUUGCGGCAGAGGAUCAAGGAGGGAAGGCCGUGGAGGGCUUACUGGGUGGCGGCCUCGCUGUGAGCCCCAACCUUGGCGACAAGCCCAUGACCCAGCGGGCCCUGACUGUGUUGAUGGUAGUGAGCGGCGCGGUGCUGGUGUACUUCGUGGUCAGGACGGUCAGGAUGAGAAGAAGAAACCGAAAGACUAGGAGAUAUGGAGUUUUGGACACUAACAUAGAAAACAUGGAAUUAACACCUUUAGAACAAGAUGAUGAGGAUGAUGAUAACACAUUGUUUGAUGCCAAUCAUCCUCGAAGAUAAGAAUGUGCCUUUUGAUGAGAGGACUUCAUCUUUCUAUAGUGAAGAGCAGAGUUUCUAUGUUUAAGAAAAAAGAAGCCACUGUAUCCAUGGGGGAGGGUAUUUAAGUUAAAAACAUUAUGACAAACUUUAAUUUGUUGUUAAAAUAAAUAUUCUAUCAUUUUGUUAUAUCUUUAUAUGUAUAGAAGUGUUAUAUUAAUGGGCUCAGAGUUGUUGGAGAUAAGCUGUACUAUAAUAGUUUACCUAUUUGAAAAUUACUUUAAAGUGGUGUUUUCUGAUCAGUUUUUGUUUUUUGCUUACCACAUGAUUGUAAACUGUUUUCUUUUAUGUACCUAUCAGUUGAUGUUAAUUAUUUUUUGCUGUUGUCGUAUUUAAAGAACUGUAAAUCCCAACAACCAACUGGUGUGUAAAAAUAAUUAAAAUUUUCCUUUACUGA